AAAAUUUAUGACACUUUGUAACCUAAUUUUUCACAUUAUUAUUUAUGUUUUUCUACAAGUGUGAAAAAACAGGAAAUCCGAGCCAUCAUUAUUCUGCGAGUAAGACAGAGAAUUACAUGUAAUAAGCAGAAAGUUGAAAGAGAAAUAUGUUAGAAAACAAUACAUUACAUUACACUGCUGGCAGUUUUGAUAAAGGAGGAGUUUCCCAUCAAGUUCCCUCCUGCAGGGUGGACACACACACACACACACACACACACACACACACACACACACACACACACACACACACACACACACACACACACUGCAUUGGGCAGCACUGUCUUGACUUCUUUAACUGCACAGCUGAAGCAUGGUGAGUGUCAAAAUGUUUACUAUGUUGUCCUUCAGUUUCAUAAUGGGAUUGCGUUCUGUCCACAAUGUUCUCGUAAUAUUUUCACUUUUUAUUCAUUAAUAUGAAAGUUAUGUAUCAAUCAUUUAAUUAAUAUUAACACUGUGUGUGUGUGUUGUGAGCAUUUCAGUAUCUCAUGCAUACUGUACAAGGACAAGCAUUACCCAUAAUCCUUUUUCCACAUAACAGUACAGUGCCAAUUUGUGUGUGUUCACACUGUAUUAUUUUCACUUUCCGUGUCCAGGUGAUUGAACGGAUGGUACGACUGGAAUAUGCGGGAGUGAGUGUGUUCCUGCUGCUGGUCCUUGCUGCACUUCAGCACACUGUGAAAGCAGGGGUGAAGAUGUUGAACAUGGCUCCUGAUGCAGUAGAUGAUGACUUUUUAGAGUGUCGAGACAAAAUGCUGAAGGUUGUUACAGACAGUCUGCUGCAGGAGGAACUUGACUCUGAGAAAGAGUUUAAGGACUUGUGGAGUAAAUACAGUGGAACGUGCAGGAAGAACAUUCCAGGUGGAACAUCUCUUCCCACGGAUGCUCUCCAGAGUUAUGGAAAUUCUAGGUUUAAGUUUAGAAUAAAUUUCAACAAUUUGGUUUACAGCCUUGGUACCAACAGCACAACCUACAGAGAUUUUCACUUCAAGUCUCUUCACUUUCUCCUAUCAGACUCCCUGAGACUGCUGAAUCCUACAAACACCUGUAGAACCGUGUACUACGGCACCAACAAAAAGUACAAUGUUCUGGGGACAAAGGUCCGAUUUGGGAUGUUCCUAAAUCCUACAACCUCAAAGAGCGAUGCAAUUGAUUAUGUGGAUACAGAUGAAGGCUCCUUGUUUAUCAUCAAUUCCUGUUCUGUGGUUGAUAUUGAACAGAAGCCGUGUUACUGUGAGGAACUUCAGUAUCUUCUUUCUCCAGCUGAGGUCUUCAUAGUGCAGAAGGUUGAAAAUGGUUCUGAGUGUACAGAAAUCACUUUAAAUCACUCGGGCUUUCUCAGCAAUCAUCACUGCUCCUUCUUCCAAAGGUAG